AUGAAGUUACGACCCAGAGUCAAAGUGCCCACCGAUAACAGCAAUACCAUGACCGCCACUGUUCCAGUCCUACCUUCAAACAUACUGCGACUGCAGACCCCUCCAAUCAGCGAGGUGAGCAACGCCGGAAGUACCGUUGCAGGAAAGAAACGUCUGUCCGAGCUUUCGUCGUCCAUCAUGAGUAUAUCCGAUCCCGAAGAGACUAUAGAUUCAGUGUCCCCUACGAAGAACAGGCACAGGCCGAAAAUCACUGUCCCAGCAGCUCCACUGACGAAGAGAAAUCUGGCCAAAUACCAGGAGGAGAUGACAUCUGCUGUGGAGAUGGCAUCCGAACAUGAACACUCGCCUCCACCGCCGACGACAAACACACGACUGACUCAAGCGAGAAACUACCUGAUGACCGAGGGCAUCAUUUACGACCCUAAAUUUGAAAGCCGGGGAUUGCAGAUUGCGGAGUUUCUGUAUAGCCAUAAACAUGGGAAAGACAAAUACGAGAUCCAGCUGCGCAAGGAGGUGGCACAGUUGCUUAAACACCAUAACUUCCAUGCGGCAGGAUCAUCGGAACAGCCGCCGCAACAUUGGCCAUCUAUGACAAGAAGUGAAGCUUCUACGCCUGUCAUGUCUCUUCCAGCAGAGGACGACCAAGAUCCAGAGGAGCAAGCAGAUCCAUUCGAAUGGAACAACAAACUCGACGACCUCACGGACAGGGUGACAAGGCGCCCAAGCGGCGGAAAAGAGGCCUUUGCAUUCUCUGAACUGCGAGAGCUGGCGCGGCCUCUGAACGGCGGCCGUUUACCAUCCCUAGGCAAAGCGCAGCGCCUCAUCAACGAGCAAAUGGUAAGGGAGAACCACGAGAAUAGGUCUUCGAACCAGACCGAUGACGACCGGCUUUGGGCGUUCGAAAAGUACCUACCGCCCGCGUCGAAGGAGAAGAAGUUCUCCCUGGACCGCUGGUCCGGCCACCCGCCAGGUCGCUCGAGAGCUGCUACGCUUAAGCUCGGAGAGGGCAAUCUCAUGCCGCAGGAGAUGAUGGAUAUCGAUUGGGACAGGGAUCGCGCUAAGCUGGAAGAAAGCUUGGUCGGCUAUGACGAUGUCGAUAGAGGCGAAGCGCAGCUGCUGCUUGCGGAAACGCCGCUUUUGCAGGCGCUCAUGAGUGAUCAGAUUGAGAGAGACCUUGCGCCAAGGUCGAAGAAAGGCGAAGGGAUAGAGCCGGUGGCGAGGAAGCCUGCUGUGCUGAUGACGGAGAAGUUCGCUCUGCCGAGGCCAGCCCAGUUCAGGAUCGAUGAGGCGGCAGAGAUAGCAAAGUCCCUGAACAUCCACCCCGACCCGCCCACCCCUUCGCCCCGGACGGCACUCUUUCUCAAACGCAAAUUCGAGCAGUGUUCGGAUUCCGAGUCCGAUGGAGACGAGGGAGAGGAGAGGCGACCUGGAGCCCCCGGUCGGCAGAGGUGA